AAAAACUUUCUUUACUCCUAACCCACAUCUUUUUUUCACACUAAAAUCUGUAAUUAUUGGACUACAGAUCUUCAGGUAAAAACUUUCUUUACUCCUAACCCACAUCUUUUUUUCACACUAAAAUCUAUAAUUAUUGGACUACAUAUCUUCAGGUAAAAACUUUCUUUACUCCUAACCCACAUCUUUUUUUUCACACUAAAAUCUGUAAUUAUUGGACUACAGAUCUUGAGGUAAAAACUUUCUUUACUCCUAACCCACAUCUUUUUUUUCACACUAAAAUCUGUAAUUAUUGGACUACAGAUCUUGAGGUAAAAACUUUCUUUACUCCUAACCCACAUCUUUUUUUUCACACUAAAAUCUGUAAUUAUUGGACUACAGAUCUUGGGGUAAAAACUUUCUUUACUCCUAACCCACAUCUUUUUUUUAACACUAAAAUCUGUAAUAAUUGGUAUGAAGAUCUUGAGGUAAAAACUUUCUUUACUCGUAACCCGCAUCUUUCUUUACACUAAAAUCUGUGACUAUUGAUACGCAGAUCUUGACAGAAAGUUUUUUUCUUUAUUCUUAACCCACAUCUCUAUAACUAUUGGUCUAUGUGUAUAUCUUGAUGUAAAUAAUUUCUCAGCUACUAACAUCCAUGUUUCUCUACACUCACAGUGAAAAGCUAUCUCCGGAAGCUAGCGAAACUGGGGUGCAAGGACAGCGUGAAAAUAGCUUCCAUAUCACCUUUCAAACUUUAGAAAAACAUGGGCUCUUAAUAUGGUUGAAUAAAGGGGCAACAAUACGGGGUGAUUACCUUUCACUGGCUGUAGUAGAUGGGUUUCUUGAGUUCAGCUUCAAUCUUGGAAAACAGAUUCUCCCAUUGAUUCUUAGGAGUUACACUCGAGUAGACAAUGGUCUCUGGCAUACAGCUCAUCUUCAGAGAAAGGAAAGAUUAGGAACACUUCGAGUAGAUGACGGGCCUGUAAUAACUGCUACAUCCGAUCCUGGAGCUACUGAACUAAACACGGAUGGAGUUCUCUGGCUAGGUGGAUCUCCUGGACUUCCAACUGACCUACCAACACACUACUAUCAUGGUUUUAAUGGUUGUAUAGAUUCUGUACUAGUAGAUGGACAACCCCUGUACAUCAUCAUGCAUGGUUCAGGUGCCGUUAGAUUCUGUGGCAAGUCAUGAUGGAAUGUUAAAAACUGGCUUCUAUAGACCAGCCAACCCUAAUCUGCUGGGUGAACUGAGGAUCGUGUCUUUGUGUUGGUUAUUUGGACAGAAAUGAUCUACGGUGUUUCAUGUGUGCCAAUAUUAAUCUAAAUUGUUAUGAAAAUGAAAAUAUUCAUCUGUGGAUUUUGGAGAUUGUUUAAAAAAAUUGGACUCAGUCCAUUCAGAUAACUUGAAGAGCGCCAAGAACUGGAAUCCCAAAAAUUAAACCUGAUGCAUUUUACAUGCCCUAAGUGUAUCCCUAUAUUCGUUGAUUCUCGGCAAGCCCCAAUAAAGGAACAGUCUCAUGUUCAAAUGAUCAUUCUUUAUAAAACAAGACUCUUAUGUGAAUUCAGUAUCAAUCUUUCAAGCCCUGAUUAUUUGAAGUAUUUAUUUCAGUUCCUCUGUCUGAUUAUGUGAUUAUUGUAACAAGAAGUGGUUGAAUUAAGUUUUAUUAACAUUAAACAGUAUUAAAAUGGUUGAAACAAUGAA